UUCUCCAUAGGUACUAAUUAAUGUGAAUAUCAACCCCUUAUAACAGUUUGAUAGAAUUCGUAGCAGAAAGAACAAAAACAGUUUGCUUCCACAGUAUUUCCUGAAAUAUAUAUUAUGUCGCCAAAAGCAGCAAAAGUAGUACUAGUCAUGUUCUGGUGGUGGCUCUGGCUGAUUGCAGGACCAGUUGGGGCUGACCCGCAGACCAGACUAUUGAACCAAGGAUGCAGCCAGUACAAGGCCAUGGACUUGUCCGACUUCUACGCCAGUCUCAACGCCACCAUCUCCGACCUCAAGGCGCAGCUCCGCAGUGGAAAGCACUUCGCCACGGCGCAGCAGUCGGGGGGCUCCGAUUCUGUCUACGCCAUGGCGCAGUGCCGGAACUACCUCUCCACUGCUGACUGCACCGCUUGCUUCACUAUCGCGGAGAAACAAAUUCGCAACUGCUCCGCCGCCAACGGCGCCCGUGUCGUCUACGACGGUUGCUUCCUCAGGUAUGAGGGCAACUCAUUCUACGACCAGACCACUCUUGAAGGCAACGUAGGGUUGUGCGGGAAACAGACAGUGUCACGUAACGCUGCAGCAUUCACUUCAGCCGUCGAAGAAGUGCUAUCGGAUCUCCAAGUUGCCACGCCCAAGAUUAACGGUUUCUUUGCCGCGGUAAAGAAGGACUCGACGAGCAGCAGCGGCGGUGGAAAUGUGACGGUGUAUGGCGUGGCGCAAUGCGCGGAAACUGUGACCAAGAGUGGGUGCAAGGAGUGCUUGAAAGUGGCGUAUGCCAACUUGGAGAGCUGUCCUCCCGAUGCCGAUGGUAGGGCUGUCGACGCCGGGUGUUUUCUCAGGUACUCCAAUGCUUCCUUCUUUGCUCAGAAUCAAACUACCAAUAUCGCGCCCUUUUUGAGCAAUGGACAUGGUUCAAACAAGAAAGCCAUUAUCGGAGGCGUGGUAGGAGGUGUUGCUGCUCUAUUCUUUGUGUUAGUUGGGCUUUUUGUUUGGUUUAAACGAUCAAGAAAGCCUCAGGCUGGUGAUAGAGGUGACAUUUUAGGAGCGACGGAACUGCGAGGCCCAGUGACUUAUAGGUACAAGGAUUUGAAAUCUGCAACAAAAAAUUUCAGUCAAGAUAACAAACUUGGGGAAGGAGGAUUUGGUGAUGUUUACAAGGGUACUUUGAAGAAUGGGAAAAUAGUUGCUGUGAAAAAACUAGCAAUAGGACAGUCCCAAAGAGGAAAGGCUGAGUUUGAGAGUGAAGUGAAGAUCAUAAGUAAUGUUCAUCACAGGAAUCUUGUUCGACUUCUCGGUUGUUGUAACAAAGGACCCGAGCUUCUUCUUGUCUACGAAUACAUGGCGAAUAGCAGUCUUGAUAGAUUCUUGUUUGGUGAAAGAAGAGGCUCACUGAGGUGGACACAAAGACAUGAUAUAAUCACGGGAACAGCUAGAGGUCUUGCUUAUCUACACGAGGAUUUCCACAUUUGUAUAAUACACAGAGAUAUCAAAACUAGUAACAUUCUCUUAGACAAUGAUUUUCAUCCCAAAAUUGCUGAUUUUGGGUUAGCAAGGCUUUUACCGGAAGAUCAAACUCAUCUCAGCACCAAAUUUGCAGGAACUUUGGGGUACACAGCUCCGGAAUAUUCAAUCCAUGGGCAGUUGUCGGAGAAGGCUGAUGUCUAUAGCUAUGGCAUUGUUGUGCUUGAAAUUAUAAGUGGCCAAAAGAGCAAUGAAAUUAAAGAGGGUGAUCCUGUUGGUGAAUUCCUCCUUGAACGGGCAUGGAAACUUUGUGAGAGAAACAGCCACACUGAGUUGGUGGAUGAAUGCUUGGACCCAGAGGAGUAUGAAGCAGAAACAAUGAAAAGAUUAAUAGAGAUUGCCCUUAUGUGCAUACAGCCAUCACCUGCCACAAGGCCUACGAUGUCUGAAGUUGUCGUUUUGCUCAAAAGUAAGGACUCAUUUGAGGCCAGGCCACUCACUAAGCCUGUCUUCGUUGAUGCCAAUCGGAGGCCCAGAGGAGACACUUCAACUUCCACUGCUUCAUCCACAUCCAAUGCUACUGCCUCUGUCUCGAGGAUUUCAGGUCGCUAAAGCAUUGAAUUUUACAAGGGCAAAAGUUUAACAACUUUGUAUGUACAAAUAAAAUAUCGGUAACAUAAAACUUCAUACGCUUGUACCUGUAUUUUUUUUGUUAGUUGAAGAAAAGAAUAACCAGGAUAACUCCUAAGAGUAUCAG